UGCCAGUGUAUGCGAUUGCCGUCAGAUGUGUGAUGUGUUGCAAUUUGUUGUUCUCGCUUUUUUACGUGAGUUGAACCAGUUGAACCGUCUCAACCAAAUUCAAUUCAAGGUUUGUUAUUUUGUUGUUAUCCAACGGUAUAAGACAUUUGUUGAUCAUAAUGGCCCGAGCAGGUCAGGGUGCUACAAGGUGAAGGUCAAGGACUAAGCACAGCAACGAUGCAAAAGAGCAGUGGAAGAAGGAAAAAGCAAGUAAAUGUGUUUUCUCCAGAAGGUGCUGAUAUAGCAUCCAUGAAGCUUCCUGGCCGGCACAGGUGCGACUGCCAGGCGGCCAAGCACCCGCUGGUGACCAACUGCCUGAGCUGCGGCCGGAUAGUGUGCGAACAGGAGGGCGCCGGGCCCUGUCUGUUUUGCGGCGCGAUGGUGGGCUCCGAGUCUGGACCGCCGGGCCGGGCCGCGGCGGGCGGCGGGCGGACGCAGCCGGGGAGUGACGCCGCUCUGCGCCGGGCCACCGAACACAAAGACAAGCUGCUGGAGCGGGACAAAGACGGGACGCAGCGGGCGUCUAUCAUCGACGACGAGCGCGACUACUUCCAGACGGGCUCCAGCUGGCUGAGCGGCCGGCAGCGGCAAGCCGUCGAGCGCUACCGGCAGCAGCUGCGCCACCAGGCCGACCAGCGACGGCGCACGCUCACACUCGACUUCGCCGGUCGCCAGAUGACGGCCCAGGAGGUGGAGGUGGCCGCCGACCCGGCGCACAUCACGGAACUGAUCCGCGAGCUGGCCACGGACGAGCUGCGCCGACCGGCCGCCGACCCGCCGGCCGACGGCGCCGGGCGGUCCGCCGAGCCGGCGUUCCGGCCGGAGUACCAGGUGGACCCGCGCCGCGAGGCCGACGUGGACCGGCUGUUCCGCCAGCGGCCCGACUCCCAGCUGCGGCGCGUACAGGACGCCGACCUACAGCUGCUCUCCGACGACGGCAUGUGCCUCAGCAUGCACCAGCCCUGGGCGUCGCUUCUCGUCGCCGGCAUCAAAAUCCACGAGGGUCGCACGUGGUACACGCCCUACCGCGGCCGGCUGUGGAUCGCCGCUGCCGCCAAGGUGCCCACGCCGCAGGAGAUCAAACAGGUGGAGGACACCUAUCGGGUCAUGGCAGGAAGGGAGCUGUCGUUUCCCGAGUUUUACCCGUCCGGCUGCCUGCUGGGCAGGGUGAACGUCCUCAACUGCCUGCCACAGGAGGUGUACAGGGAACAGUUUCCGGAGGGCGAGAGCGACAGCCCGUACGUGCUCAUCUGCAGCGAGCCCGAGCAGCUGGUCGUCAAGUUUCCCAUGAAAGGACAGCACAAAAUCUAUAAAAUGGACGCCAACAUUCACAAGGCGGCGAAGAAGAUGCUAACAGCGGCGUGAGCGGGCCAAGCAGAGACAGUGCUUGUAUUUAUAUGUGAUAUGCUCCAGGGCAGCGAUCGUGCUUCGUCGUUGAGUUCCUUGGUGACUGUGCUUGCCUCAAUACGAGAUCCUGAAACUA